AUGCGUGCCGGUAGGGAGCAUCAUUUUUGUGACAUCGUAACGGCCGACUGCGCGUCCCGUCAGUGUACGGCCGGUUACUGGGACACGGACUGUUUUUCGUUCUGUAACCCGAAUUGCGGCGGAAGUAACACGACGGGUCUGGUUUCGUGUGACUUCCUGACUGGUCGGUGUAGCUCGGAGUGCGUUUCCGGUUGGUACGGGAGCCACUGUGACAGGAAGUGUGAAUCUCUUUGUUAUGACGGCAGGUGUGACCGGAACCAGGGCGUCUGUGUGGAAUGUCUGAAGCCAAACCCUGACUUCAACUGCCCCUCCGGACUUUGCACAGAGGGCUACUACGGCCAGAGCUGUCAGACCCUCUGCUCCACGGGCUGUGUACGCACGUGUGACCGGUACACCGCCAAGUGUGCCAACUGCAGGGACGGGCUGUGGGGAGACACGUGCGACAAGAACUGUACCGCCACGAACUGCAAGGUAUGUAGUCAGUCUACCGGGCAGUGUAACGAAUGUGCUGCAGGCAAAUGGGCGCUCAGCUGCUCCGCGGAUUGUGGACGAUGUUCGCCGGAAGCGUUUGGUAUCGUCCGAUGUGACAAAAACACCGGGAUAUGCAGCACUGACUCUUGCGUACCGGGUUACCAUGGAAACGGGUGUCAGAACACGUGCGGCUUUACCUGCAAGGAUUCCACUUCCGGUGUGAACGAAUGCAACCGCAACACGGGGAUUUGCACGAACGGUUACGAUAUCGGGUACUACGACGUCUACUGUGACAAUAAUUGUAGCGACAGAUGUAGAAACAGAGACUGCGCGACGACCGCCAACGAUUGCCGCCAGGGAUGCGCGUUCGGUUACUAUGGCUUCGGCUGCCUGACGGCCUGUCCGUCAAACUGUGUGGGUUGGGAUUGUGACGGGAACACAGGCGCUUUUAAUAUCGCAUGCGCGGAUAGUUUUUAUGGCGCGCAAUGCACGAAUCCGUGUAUAACCACGUGCAUUGACGGUAAAAGCGACAAAAAUACGGGCUUUUGUUUAGAAUGUUCGCAGUCAACGCCCAGGCAGUCGUGAUACUGUCGUACAUUAGCUUGCCCAACUGGUACAUAUGGACUUUUCUGUAACCAGUCGUGUGCUGCCGGAUGUGCGGGCACUUGUGACAGAUACUCCUCUGUUUGCACCGGAU